UGUUUACAAAUCAACGGUGCUUGUUGGAGGUUGGCGGCGUGGCGAGAGCGAGGACCGGUGCCACUCUCAUUCAUCCUCAACCACAACAACAACAACACUCACCGGCGCUCACCAUGCCUUGUCGAAAGGAAAACUACAUCUUCCUGGAGCAGUCCGUCACCGUCGACUCCAAAGAGGUGGACGCGUUGGUGACGAGAAUCGGCGAGGCACUGCAGCUCCACAACAAUAGCGGCAACCAUGCGAAGAAGGCUGCCUGCUUGCACGGACUCACCACCGGCGUGGGGAGUGUGGUCAACCCGGCGGGGGUUGGCGGCGGUGGAGUAGGAGGCACCAUCGCCACGGGCGCGCCGGUUCCGAAACGGCAAGGCUGCUGCAUCCGUCUGAGAAACCGCGGCAGCAGCCGGGCGAGCCCUUACCACAUCCCCGGCUCGAGCGACCAGGAGUGGGACCAAAUUAAACCGUGGAACAAAAAAAGGCUGCACGCCGACGAGGACGACCCGCAUCGUCUCCUCCAGGAGCUCAUCCUGUCCGGCAAUCUGAUCAAAGAGGCCGUAAAGCGGCUGCAGUUCUCCGCGGCGGACUGUGGCGAUUUCCCCAAGGCAGCGGACAACGUGCCGUGCUGACGAGACUCCAAGCACGGCUCUUCCCACCCUCUCCGUGACUCUCUCUCCCUUUGACUUCCAAGUUCAAGUCGACGAAACUGCUAGCUGAAUUUUCACCUCCUAUUUCCAUCCAUGUCCCCCAUUUUUUAAUUGACCUGGAACAUUGGCUCCGUUGCGUCAACGGCAGGCGGUUAGCUUGCCAGUUAGCCGCCCGGCUAAUCAGCCGUGUUGUUUAUGUUUGAAAAGUGCAGCGGUGGGUGAGGGAGGGGGUCGAAGGGGCUACGAACAAUCGGAAAUUUGCUCUUUUUUCGUCGACAUCACCCUUUUCUUCUCAGAUGAAUGAAAUUUCACGUGGGGGCUUUUUUGUGUGUCAUUUUAAGAGUAAGAUGGACGCCAUUUUCAAGACGGCUCAUAAAGCCCCCCCCCCCCCCCCCCCCCCCUCCCAUCACACACACAUACAUAAACACGUUGUUUUGUUUUCUCCCACCUUCUGUUGUCGUCUGUGUGUCUGGGAUACAAACUACUAGCUCCGUUCACUCCCCACGUUCAUGAACUCUAUCGUGGAGGAGAGUUAAGAUCCUUCAGUUGUUUGCGUGUGGCCAUUUUGUUUACACCCGGAGACAGGAAGCAAACGUGUACCUUUUUGAUUACUUUUUUCAGUUGGACUUCCCUCUCGGAGCAGCUACUCUCACCACCAAAAACCUCAUCCAAGACAACAUCUGUGUUCUUUUUCUAAAGAACAACACGGUCGAUUUGUGGUUAGCGCCACUGCCUUGCAGUUUUGCGGUACAGGGGUUCAAAUCCCGGCUUCCGGUUUCCUCCCACAUUCCAAGUGACUUGUUCAAAUCAUUGAAGAGUCUUACAAUUGUCUGAGACUGGUAACCAGUCCGGGUUGUUUCCCAGGGAUCGGCUCCAGCUCACCCUUGGUCCUUAUGAGGAGUAUCGGAAGUUUUUUUUCUUUUCGUUUCUAUACCAAGCAAUGUGACAACAAAAAGUCUCUUGUGGUUGGAAGCUUCUAGGUGUCCUCUGAAAGGGGAUCCUGGUGGGCAAAUAUGCAAGAUAGUGGGGGUGCAGGGAGGCAUGUGAAAGCAAGGCCAUUUCCCACAGGGCUUACUAUUACAUGGGUCUGUUUGUUUGCUUGUAAAAGGGGGAAGUGUGUGGUCGACGGUCACAUGACAACACUUUUGUGGUGCUCUUCACCUUUUGGGAAUUCCAAUGAGGAGUUCUAUUGUUGGUGUUUUUUUUUUUUGUAUUUGUGCUCCGCGUCAAGAAAAAUGCACAACCGCUUCGUAACGAAGUAUCUUGAUAAUGUUCCUGAGUAUUCAGGACUUUUUUUUUUUCGGGUUGUCUUAAUAAACACACUUUUGUUUUUCCAAA